AAUCAGUUGGUAGAUGCGUGGCGAACGUUGGAUUUAACGGUCGGUUUGGUAGUGAAAGUGGCAGCUACGCUGUGUCCCAUUGUCUCCGCACAGAGUAACAUUGUUCAGUGCCCAAAAAAAAAAAAUAUAUAUAUAUAUAAAUAAAAUAAAGGAGGAGUCAAAUGACAAGUGAUAACAUUCGAUUGAUAAUGUGCCUGCAACUGGCUAAGUGACAGCUCAAUUAUCUACAAAAAAUAAAGUUAAAAAACAAAAAUAAAUUACAAGCAAAAACUACAAAAGUAUUAAGAAGGCAGUUCCCAAGGCGUCGCACAGUCUUCGAGCAGCUGCGCACUUCCGGCAACAACAGCUGGAUGCACACCAACAAUUAGCUGAAACAAAAAUCGUUGCCGCAUCAAAUUCAGUUCCGUGGAUUAUAAUCAGUAAAAGUGAAAGACUGGGCCCAAAUGGACGCCGUCCAAACAAACGAAAAACAAUUAAAAGCCGGAAAUUGAGUUGUAAACAGAAAGCGAAAAAGCAACAAAAAACAAAAAAUGUGCAAAGUUGAAAAGUGCAAAUCAAACGCGAAUUUCUGUGAAAACAAACGGCGCUGAGUCGAGGGCCAAACAAUUUUUAAAUUAUCUGGCUGCUUAUUAGGGGCAACUACUCGAGUGGCGGCAGCCGAUGGCUGAUGAGCGAAUCCGCCAAACAUUCAAAGCAAAUCGUGACCAUAGCGCGCAUUAAUAAUUCGCAUAUUCCCCAAUCGCUAACUAUAAACAGUCUCUGUGCUCCGGCCGACAAGCGGCGCAGCGUGUGAAGUUGAAGUGUUUAUUGAAUGCGCCGCAAAUGUUGCCUGUCUGCGAGUGAAAGAUACUGCUCGACCCCGAUCAUGUUGGUGCCGCAAACGCCCAGCGGCUUGUCAGCCAACGCUCGCAAAAUGACACAGCAACUCGUGGGACAUGGAACUAGACAGUCGAGAAAACAACCCCAGAACCGAUGGACGGCCAGAAAUUGUUGGAUCUUGCAUGCAGUUUUUCUGAUCCUUACGCUUUCGACAAUGGAGCUGGUUGAGUGCGCGCUGCGCAAUGUCAAUUUAAUCAUUGAGCCGCCGGCGGUCCGACAGGGCCAGCAUGUUGUACUGCGCUGCAUAUACGAUCUGGAGGGGGCACCACUCUACUCGGCCAAGUUCUAUCGCGGUCAAUUGGAGUUUUACCGUUAUACGCCCGGCGAGUUUCCCAAUUCCAAAGUGUUUCCAUUUCCUGGCAUACACGUCGACGUAACCAGCUCAAAUGCUACUCAAGUACUCAUACGCAAUGUGGGCUUUGGACUUUCCGGUAACUUUUCAUGCGAGGUGACCGCCGAUGCGCCGCUUUUCUCUACAGCUACUGCAGUGGGGAUCAUGCAAGUUGUGGAGCUGCCCGACAAACGUCCUCAACUGUAUACGGAACACACGCGCUAUGAGCCCGGCGAUGUCCUGCGCGCCAACUGUAGCACGCCGCCAUCUCGACCACGUGCCGAGCUAAAGUUCACCAUCAACAACAUGGUGAUAACAAAUGCCGAGACCCAGUAUAUUCGCACAAUUGAUAAUCUGAUCGCUUCACGUAUCUCUCUGAAGCUGCAGCUACAGGGCGUACACUUCUCCAGCGUCAACACGCUCAUUUAUAAUAGCGUAAAUUCUGUUUAUGGCCAUGGCGGACCCAUGUAUACGCCUAAUCCAGGUGGCUUGGUACUGCGUUGCACCGCACAAAUUGGCGACCUAUACCAGGAGUACAAGGAAAUUGAAUUGGGCACACCACAAAAGGAUCCGGUGCCGGCACGUGUUACGCUCUCUUCCGGCUCGAGCGUGAAAAACUUCUUCAGCACGUAUUUCUCCACAUCGGCGGCAUCACGACGCGUCGGCGGCGUCCAUUUGGCGCCCAUUACAAUGGCGAUGGCAGCGCUUCUUGUCAGUGGUGGCGCCCUGCUUAGCCAGAUGGUCCGCGGGCUAGUUUUGCAGCUCAUACCCAUUGACGCCCGCCCAGCUAUCGUGCAUUCCAACUCCACUGACGGUCGUCUGCCCACGCUGCCCUGCCUCCAAGGCGCCAUUGCAGCGGCUGGCUUGGCCAGCUCGGAGAUAAUUAGCUUGGGAGCUAGCCGUGGGCAGCAGCUGGAGCUCUGUGCGUGUGUUACAAAUUAGUUUAAUUGUCAAGUAAUUAAAUUACAAUAUAUUUUGUAUGCAAAUGAAAUUAACUAAGUAUACAUAUAAUGCAUAUGUGCGUGCA